UAAUAGCGUGCAUGUUAUAAGUGUUUAUAAAGCGUUCAUUUUUACGAACAAUAGAAACGGACUAGCUUCCUUAAGAGGGCUUUUUCACUUGGCUUUAAACGUAGGGUGGGUGUGUGCUUUGCACCUACGUUUGACUUUCGAUUAUGACGUUGGUUUGUUACAACGAGCUCGAAUAUUUUACUGUAAAAAUACAUUCAUUGUUUUACAAAGGACAUUUAGCCGUUCUUCAAGGGCUCGUUCGUGUUUAUAUUUCGAUCUUUUUGCACGUUCGCCCGGAAUUCGACGGUAGUCGAGUCCAAGGGAAGGCCGGGACUGCUUUCUUGGUUGUUAACGGCGUCAUAUUGAUUGACAACCGAGCCGUCCAAUGAGAAAAUUCCAGGAUCUUAGCAACAGCAAAAUUGCGCUCUUGCCCAAUCCCCGCCGAGAAAGGUUGGCUCGCCGGCUCCCGCGAUCUCGCCACUUGAUUGGCCGCCGCGCUCGUCACUCAUCCGAGCCUUGUGGAUCCUGUAGUUCAAAUCGCAGCAUUUUGAAGGCGAGGCGCAAGGGAGAGAACUACAUAUCCCGGAAGCCCUCAGCCAAAGCGAGCGACGCCGUCCGCGCGGCUGGAGGCGGAGCGCGUAUAUAAAUCCGAGCUCCCUCCACUGGAGCCGCACACUGGACGUUGUCGUGACGGCGGGACGUUGUCUCGAGACGUUCGCGGGGGUGUGACAGCGUUGAAACGGUUAACAGUGUCAAAACCUCCGAGGAGUGUCGUUCACUCAUUUCUUUGACUUUUUGACACUUUCUCCUCCAAACCUUUUUGAAGGGGCGUUAUUUACACGUCAUAGUGGUUAUUUUGGUAGGUGAACUGGAGUAAAAAAAGCCAAUUUGACAAACUUUUUUUUAAAUAGUGAGGGGUUUUAAAAUGCGUUGAGAAACUCGAAGAGGGAUAAUCAAGCGCAUCGCGAUGACAGAACCAGCGGACCACCUGAAAAGUUCGGCCAGCCCAUCAGGUGGGAGCAGCGGCGGCGGCGGCGGCGGCGGCGGCUCCAAGCAUCUCCCAGUCGGACACCGGGCCGCACCGCCGCACAACGGCGACAGAGGGCGCCAGAGGAGCGACAAGCACCGGCAGGAUGUCAACAACGACAAGUUGAGGGGUGUGUGUCCCGGAAACGGGUCCCCCGACGCCGCGGACGCCCCGCCGCCGCCGCCGCCGCCGCAGCAGCAGCAGCAGCCCGGGGCGCUCCAAGUGGACUCGGACACCGGCCUGGUGGUAGACCCUCGCCUCGGCAGGAAGCGGCAUCGGCGCCGCGCCGCCAAGAAGAAGCGCCACUGGAAGCCUUACUACAAACUUUCGUGGGAGGAGCGGAAGGCUCUCGACGAGCGAGAAACGGCCCGGGCGUCCCGACUGCGCGAGGAGAUGUUCGCCAAGGGGCUCCCGGUGGCCCCCUACAACACCACCCAGUUCCUCAUGGACGAGCACGACCGCGAGGAGCCGGACCUCAACACCGAGGCGCGGCGGCCGGACGACACGGGCAGCGAGGAGGACUUGUUCGAGCACGACGACGAGGACGACGACGAUGGGAGUGCUGGCGGCGGCGGCGGCGGCGGGGGAGGAGGAGGAGGCGGAGGCGGAGGCGGGGGGAGCAGCGACGGCAUCGGGAGGCCGGGCAACGCCGGCGGGGAGUUUCUCCAGCGGGACUUUUCCGAGACCUACGAGAUGUACCACGUCGAGAGCCUGCAGAACAUGACCAAGCAAGAGCUGGUGAGGGAGUACCUGGAGCUGGAGAAGUGCAUGUCCCGGCUGGAGGAAGAGAACAACCGGUUGAGGCGCGCCGCCCUGGAGCCCGGCGGCGGCGGCGGCGGCAGAGGAGGACGAGGAGGCGGGCACGGCGGCGGCAUGAGCGUGGAGGAGCCCCUGGCGCGCCUACGGGAGCUGGAGCGGGAGCUGGAGAGACUGAAGGCCCAGAAUUCGGAGCUCCUGCUGCGGAGCCAGCCCGCCACUGACAAUUAGGGACGCUUGGCGAACUAUAUUCACAACAAGGUAAUAAACAAAGACUUUUUCCUAUCUGGACUCCGAACUUUUUUUGGGGGACAGAGAAAAGAAUAAUAAACAGACCUACAUUUUCCUGGACUUUAAUUUUCGAUUUUUAGGGAUCAACCUUUGGACCGAGCUAUAAAAUGUAAGCAAAAAUGCUUAAUAACACGUUUUUUUUCUAUACUUGGCCUGAUUGUUAACAGGGGGAAAACAUUUGGACCAUUUCUUUUUGUCAACAUUUGGCUUGAGGUAGUAAAGUUUCAUAUUUUGACUUAAAAAAAAAAAAAAAAUCAACAUUUUGCCCAGAGGUUAAAAAAAAAAAAGUUCAACGCUAAAACAAGUUUUGUUUUAGGACUGUUUUGUCAACAAGUCAUAUCUUGUCUCAAUUGUAAAUGUUUUUAGUUUUUUCUUCUUUUGGGUCAACAUUUGGUCCAAAGUAAUUGAAAAAAUAAAAAAAAUCUGUACUCUCA